UCUUAACCCUGUUGUUACACAAAGCCUAUCUGACUACGGUUUUGAUUGUUAGUGUGUACUGGAACAUGGCUGAAUUCAACAGUUCUAUCAACACGGUCUUCUUUGAUUUGGAAACUACAGGUCUUGGAUCCUCCUGUGACAUAGUGCAGCUGGCAGCUGUGUGUGGUUCUCAUACAUUAAAUCUCUUCAUGGUUCCUCGCUGCAGAAUGGAGCCUGGUGCCUCCAGAGUUACUGGCUUUAGAGUGCGCCGACAUCGGCUUUUUCAUCACAGGAAACCAGUGCUCACCAACUCACUACGGGAAGCCCUAGUGUCCUUCAUGACCUUCCUUCGUAUGUUCGGAAGGCCACUGCUUGUAGGUCACAACAUUCGUAGAUUUGAUUGCCUUGUGUUAGCCAGAGUGCUUGAUGAGUUUGAUUUAAAAGUGGCCUUCCAGGCUGGUAUAAUGGGGUUCCUUGACAGUCUAGCAUUGACCCGCCAGCUUCUCAAGGACAGUGGGGUCCAAAGCUUUAAACAAGAGAACCUGGUUAAGAUUGUGCUUGGUGUUUCCUAUGAUGCCCAUGAUGCCUUAGCAGACGUGCAGGCCCUGCAGAAGCUUUUCUGGGCUCUCAGACCAACAGCUGGACUGAUCCAGCAGCAUACAUUUUGUUUAGACUCUGUGAAGACAAAAACUGUGAAGUCAGCAAGACUGCAGGGACAAAGUGACUUGUUGCAUCAACCAGACAGAAAAAGUUGCUGUUGCAGCAGCAAGGAGAGGUGAAAACAGUAGCUAGAACAAUCUCAAGGCUGCCAAUUACCGGAUUACAGCAAUGGUGGUGACGUCUUGACUGCUGGUCCUUGCUGUAAUUAAUUUAGGUUUGGUAACACAUUGUGGAAACUAUUAAUGCCACUGUCAACUAUGCCAGUAACUGUACAUGGUAGAGCAGAUGCUCAGCUUUUCACUAAAUGAGUUACAGCACGGCAAUUGAGUUAAAAAGUUUGUCUACUAACGUAACUUAGCCCAAAAUACGGAUUAUUGUUAAUGUUUUACAGCAUUUACAGCCAUAUGGUGAAAUAAAUGCAGUGUCUAAAAACAAGGCAAGCUGUAGUCAAACAAAAAUUCAGACA